AUGUCCUCAACUACAUGGAGCCUGAUCAUCGCGAGGGUCGACAGGAUGGUCGACUUCGUCGAAGACCUCCCCAUGGUCCCUUCAGCUCCCAUCGUCGCUUCCACUCUCCGCAAGUGCCUCGCAUCCCUCUCCAAGUCACCAGCCAUCCCCAACAGCACGCUUGCAUGCCAGUCGAGCCACGACAAGGCGGAGGUGAGUUUCCAGCUCUCUCCCAUCCAUGAGGAGGACGACCAGGACGUUGUCACCCCCAGGAUCUUCACUGAGUUCUCCAACGCUCUCUGCCUCCCCGUGAUCUCCCGGCUCGACGAGUUCAUGAACAGCCCUGACUCCACAGGCAGCGAGCGGAACGCGUCAACCACUGACAGCGACGAGGCAGCCCACGAGUCUGAGGAGGCUACCAGCCAGACGUCUCCGUCUUGGUCUGAUGAGCACGAUGCGACCAAGGUGACCUUUAAGUUCCUCCGUCAGAGCAAGAUAUUCUCGCGUCUCAGCAACCUGGAGCUGCAGAACUUCAUUGUCUGCUGCUCCCUCCAACGAUUCUGUCGGGGCGAGAAGAUCUCGUUCCCCAUUGAUUGGAAGAGGCCCGCCACCGCCAUGGUGAUCGAGGGCUACGUAGCCAACGGGCAGGGGAAGCCCAGCAAGUUCGUAGCUGGAGAUGUCUUCGGGGAGAAGGCAGCAAAGGGAGUGCUAGCAGCGGAGGGCGGCAGCGACACUCUGAUCUGUUUCUUUGACCCCUCCAGCCAGUCUCUUCGUCCAUUUCAGAGUCAGCUGGACAGGAGCUGCACGUGGCUGAGCCCGCAGGCGGCAAGGGAGGCUUCGCCUAAGGCACAGUGGUCAGUCAAGAUCGACGUGUCCACCAAGCUGGAUCCAGAUCUGGACACAUCGGAAGUCCUCGCUACUCCUCGUCGAGAUUCCUCCGCUCAAGAUUCUCCCCCAGCUGGUGUCGGGCUGUUGAUCAGCAGCAGCGACAAGGGCCCAGCAAUCGACCGCAUCGUGGCAGGGAGCCCAGCAUGGCAUUGCAAGAAGUUGGACGUUGGAGAUGUCGUUUUACGCAUUGACGAUGAAGAAGUGGCGAACUGUACAGUAGACACGAUACACGACAAGCUUGAAGGAACCGACGGCUCUCAAGUCAGCUUGACUGUACGGAAGGCUGAAGUGACAUCCUGGGGCUCUUGA